CCGGUCUUAUGCAGAGGCCAGCCACUUCCGGCAGUUCUUCUUCUUUCCCGGGUGGACCAGCGUCGUCCCACCCGUCUAGCCCCGCGAAAUCCCCCCUGGACCUUGAUUUGUUCCAGGAACAGGCAAAGCGGGCGGACAAGUUUUUGCAGAACAUGAAGAGGAAACAGUUCAUGGACAGUGGUGCUGCGGCUCUACCGACUGACCAACAGAUGAUCUCAGCGACAGCAAAGGAGUGGGUUCCUAGGGAUGAGGAGACCGGAAUUGCGACCAACCCGGCGUUUAUUUCCGCCGAUGAGGUUCUGUUCGUUUCGCCGAUCACCCGGCAAUACAAAACGAACAAAGGCGCGUCGACGAACAAAGGUGAUUCAAAUUCCCCAAUCAUGGACCGGCUGCACUUCUUGCAGAAAUCGCCACCGAACAAGCACAAGAUCGGGUACAAAUAUUUCGCGUCAGGCGGGUUUCCGAAGUCGAAAGAGCAGUUGGAAUCGGAUUUGUUAUCCAAAGCGGAGGAGGAGGGGCUAAGCCCAAAAGCGGUGAAAAACCGGGAAUUCACGGACCAGCAGUUGGAGCGAAACGCAUUCCAAGCCCGGAUGAAAGAUGAAUUGAAUCCGGCGUUGGAUAGCGAAAAAUUCAAGCGGGACACGGAGAUGAGUCGGCAAGCAGCCAGAGCUUACGUGAAUUUACGGAUUCAGCGGUAUUUGAAAGGCCCGAAUGCCGCGGUGAGUAGCAAUUUGAAAAAUAACGUAGUUCCAGGAAGGGCUUCCAGUCCAGAGGAGGCAGCUGCAAGAGAGAAGUCGUUGCUCGUGAAUGCGGAUGAGAUUGACAAGUGGUUUCCGGAGCAGCUGGCACGUUGUGUGAAAGAAAACCGACCGUUGUUCCAACCGAUCCACUCCGCGCCUGUUCCACCCAAGGCGAUCAAGAGCCCAUCGAGCAGUACUGCGAAAACGAAGAACCCCGCGGCCUUGUUGACAAUUGGGGCAGGAAAGAAGAAAGCAGGUGCUAAUGCGACGAGUCCCGGAGGUGCAAGUGUAAGUGCCGGUGGAGCUGCUCAGGCGGGUUCUGCUGCUGCGAAUCCCGACGGAACAGGUGCAGACAAGGAAGCUGCCGCUCCGACGAUGCAGGCGGAGCCGCUAGUUUCUGACGGGUGGUCUUUGGAUUCCGAAGACCCACUAUUAGAAGAGAAAACGGCACAACACGUGCAACGAGUUUUGCUGAAAUUCGUCGAAUUGGUAGAAAUAUCCCGUGCAAAAGUAUCGUCUACUGAUUGCAUUUGUGCAUUACAAAUCUCUUUCCCAUGGUAAAUCAGCAUUGCAAACUUGAUUUGUAAUGCUGGGCUAAUUUGUAUUAUGCAGUUCAUACUAGAACUAGUACGAAUACGAUGCUUUUGCAGUGCAUAAGAAAAUGACGAAGAAGAAUACGAGCGGCGGGAGGAAGAAAGGAAAAGAAUCGAGAAGGAAAAGCAAGCGGCUUUAAACCCC